AUGCAGUCGCCGUGCCACUUUGCUAGGCUUCUGGCGUUCCUUGGUAUCUGGGUACUACUAUAUGUAUCCGCAUGCUCUGCUGAGGCUAUCGACUGGGUCCAAGCCUCAUAUGACAAGGUGAUCGAUCUUGGCGGAGCUGUCUCCAACUUCGAGCUUUCCAUUUCCGCCUCGCCUGCCUCUCUCCCUUCUGGCGAUCGCGCCUUCUACAAGGUAUACCUCUCUGGUGAAGAGCAUGAGAAGCUGGCAAAAAUAUCAGCUACUCUUUCGUCAUCGCCGAAGGGGAAGCCCAAGGCUGACCUUGAUGUUUUAUUCUGGGGCCCCUCCGUCGACGAUGAGGAGACUUUUGUUUACCUAGUAGAAGUGCCAUCGUCGGCUUUGAAAGACAAUGAGCCCAUUCACCUCAAGGUUUCUGGUUCUAUGCUACACAUUUCUAUCCCUCUCCCACUUGAAAUUGAACAAGGCAAAGAGCAGCUUUUGUACUGGCAGGGCGAUACCGUGCCUCGCUCCCCUUACCCUAUUGAGAAGGCCACAGUUAUCCUGAAUACUAAUGACCCGAUCUUGUCGUAUGGUCCAACACUUUCUGCCUCGCAAUCCGGCAAGUCAGUGUCGUUUGGACCUCAUCAGAAUGUGCCUCCUUUCAACCCGACAGACUCGCGCUCACUCUCUGGGUUCGUCCAUUAUGCCUACCUUAAUCCGGUGGCGACCUAUGCCAAGUAUCGUCGUCAUGUUGAAAUCAGUCACUGGGGCGAUAAUAUGGCUACGGAAGACCAUAUCUGGCUGCGCAACGAUGGCCCGGCCCUAAAGGGACACUUCAGCCGUGCUAAGCAUAUGAUCAACAACUUCCACAACCCUGCUCAGGAAAGGAUGUCACAAAUUAUUAGUGUGCCUCUGAUGCUACCGGUGGGCUCGAAAGAUGUGUACUUUGUCGAUGCGGUUGGUAACGUCUCGACUUCGAUGCUCUCUGCCCCGUCUCCUGCCACGGGGGCGCGUCGUUUGGACUUGCGUCCUCGCUUCCCUAUUCUGGGAGGCUGGAACUACACGUUCACUACGGGAUGGAACCAGCGCAUGAGCACACAUGGUCUUAUUCGCUCUGUUCUCACUAAGCCAGGUCGGGUUCGUGUAGCUGUGCCCUUCUUGAUUGCCCCCAAAUCGGCAGCUGUGGACGACGCAGAAAUUCGUAUUGUUCUGCCAGAAGGUGCUACGGAUAUUGAUGUGACGUUGCCAUUCGCUGUGGACGCCCUUAGCAUGGACGUAUACCCUACAUACCUGGAUACUGUGGGUCGUCCAUCUGUUUUGAUUCGACGCAGGCGAUGCAUUUGGAAGCACGGAAAGAUGAUUUACAUCGAGUAUUCUCUUUCGAUUUGGUCGCAGCUGCGGAAGCCUAUGGCUGUCUCCAUUGCGGCGCUUCUUCUGUUUAUCAUGGCUGCAUUUGUACGACGUCAGUCUGUUUCUAUUCAGCGUGUAAAGACUCAGUAG